CUUCUUCACCAAGUGUGGUAGAGUUGUGGAGUAGCCAUUGAACCUUGUUUAGCUUCCACCAUGUUGUCCCUUCACUCUUCAGCAUGCUCUCACAUGUUUCACAUUUCCUCUUCAUUGCUCCCAAACCCCCACAACAACAACCUUAAUCCUCACCAACCCAGUAAUUCCCUUCCAAUUCCCAAGUCCCAUUCUGAUUCUGCUGCCAUCAAAGCCCCCACAGCUCCAUGGAUGAAGGGUCCUCUUCUUCUCCAACCCCACGACCUUCUCGACCUCUCCAAACCCAAAAAGGGCCAUGUGGGUAAGCGUGAGCCUUCUGAGAAAGCCUUGAAUGGCAAAGAGGCCAGAGGGAAGAAAGCUAUGAAGAAAAUUGCCCAGAGGGUUGAGAAUCUCCAUAGGGGUCGUGAUUCAGCUGAGGGUCAAAUGGGUUCUGAAAAAGUUGGAAGGUUUGGGGUGAGUUUGGAGAGUUUGAAGGAGAAUGAGGCUGAAAUGGGUUCUGAAAAAGUUGUAGACGUUGGGGCUUGUUUGGAGGAAAAUGAAGCUGAAAUGGGUUCUGAAAAAAUUGGAAGCUUUGGGGCAUGUUUGGAGAGUUUGAAGGAGAAUGAAGAAGAGGAGGUUGGGAGUAGGAGGAGGAGAAUGCCAUGGGAGAAGGAUGAGGGGAUUGGUUUUCUGAGGGUGAGGAAGGAAAGGCCUGUCACCGCUGCGGAGUUGAGUCUUGAUAAGGAGCUGCUUCAGAGGUUGAGGGGGGAGGCUGCAACAAUGAGAACAUGGGUCAAGGUUAAGAAAGCUGGUGUUACACUUGCUGUUGUGGAUGAGAUUAAACGGACUUGGAGGACUAAUGAACUUGCCAUGAUUAAAUUUGACAUCCCUUUGUGCCGAAACAUGGAUAGGGCUCACGAAAUUGUUGAGAUAAAGACUGGAGGCUUGGUUGUAUGGAGGAAGAAGGAUGUUCUUGUGGUUUACAGAGGAGCCAACCAUCAGUUGAACUCUAAAGGUUCUCCAAAUAUUUCUGCUCGCUAUAUUCAUAGUCCAAGAACAAAUCCUCAUGAAAUGAAUGGCGUGAAGUCAGCUACGAAAGGUGAUCUUUACCGGACUAAAUCCAACCGUAGUAUAACUGAGAUGCUGAGCUGGAAUGCUGAUGAUAAGGAUUCUCUAUCAACUGACGUCCAAGAUACGAAUUACCAGCCAGUCAGCGGAGCAUUGUAUGAGAGGGAAUGUGAUAGAUUAUUGGAUGGCUUAGGACCUCGAUUCAUUGAUUGGUGGAUGCACAAGCCACUUCCGGUGGAUGCUGACUUACUUCCAGAAGUGGUUCCCGGAUUUGAGCUUCCAUCUAGGCUUUGCCCACCUCAUGCUCGUGCAAGACUAACUGACAAUGAACUAACAUAUUUUAGGAACAUCUCUCAUCCUUUACCGACUCAUUUUGUCCUUGGAAAAAACAAAAGGCUUCAGGGCUUAGCUGCUGCUAUAUUAAAGUUGUGGCAGAAGAGUCCUAUAGCAAAAAUUGCUAUCAAGUACGGAGUUCCAAAUACUGACAAUGAAGCAAUAGCCAAUGAACUGAAGCGUCUCACUGGAGGAGUUCUGUUGUUGCGCAACAAGUUUUACAUAAUAUUGUAUAGGGGAAAAGAUUUCCUUCCUAGAAGAGUUGCAGCUUUGGUAGAAAAGAGAGAAUUGGAGCUUCAAAGUUGUCAAUUUCACGAAGAAGUUGCACGGAUGAAAGCAAUUCAAACCUUUUGUUCUAUUGAUGAACUGCCACAGCACACUAGUACAAGUGGAACUUUAACUGAAUUUAGGAAAAUUCAAUCAAAGCAUGAGGAUAUUCAAAAAGUAAAUGUAGAUUUAAACAUUCCACUGGAAGCAGAAAUCUUUAGACUGGAGAGGGAAUUGAAAGAGGAACAACACAAAGCUUUCAUUCUUGAAAAGAAAAUAGAGAGAUCAACAAGGGAAUUAUCAAAGUUAAAUGCUAGAUGCGUGCCUGCUGAGCAGGAUGCAGACUUGGAAAUAAUGACAGAUGAGGAGAGAGAAUGUUUCCGAAAGAUAGGAUUGAAGAUGAGAAGUUGCUUAGUGCUUGGUAGGCGUGGAGUCUUUGAUGGUGUAUUGGAAGGUCUACAUCAGCAUUGGAAGCACAGAGAAGUAGUGAAGGUUAUUACGAUGCAGAGACUAUUCCGUCAGGUCAUGUACACUGCAGAAUUUCUGGAGACAGAAAGCGGUGGAAUUUUAGUUUCAAUUGAUAAACUGAAAGAGGGCCAUGCUAUUAUUAUUUACCGUGGAAAAAACUAUAGACGUCCUUCAGGGAAGUUAGCAAAAAAUCUUUUAACCAAAAGAAAAGCAUUGGCUAGGUCUCUUGGAAUGCAGAGAGUUGGAUCACUGAAGUUUUUUGCUUAUCAAAGACAGCAGACAAUCUCUGAUUUGAAGCUGAAACUAGCUGACCUGCAGCAGAGAAAGGAAAUUAAACUGAGAAUUUGAAAAUUAAUGUAUGCAUGUCUAAGAUGCAUAUCAAGCUGCAACUUCUCUUCAGUCGUCUUCUCAUUGACGGUUGACAAGAAAAGACAUGGAAAAUUCUACAAGCAUUAGCAGGCUUGAGCAUGAAACUGUGAAACGAAGUAUCACUUUUGCUGCUGCCUGGAAUCCUUGAAGUUGCAUUUCUUCUUGGAGGAAAUGAGAUACGCCCAAGUUACAUCCUGUAAGUUUGAGAAAGGUACACAUGAAAAUUAUAAUGGAGACAUUUCAGAAGAAUAUAAGAUAGGCUUUGGAGGAUAAGGUAUUGCCUGAAGUGAUCCUUCUAGCAUUUCUAUUACUUUAGUCAUUGAUGGCCUAUUCGACGGAUUUGUUUGAAUGCACCAGAGACUCACCAUAGUAAUCUUCCUUACCAUGUCAUUUUCUUCUUCUGAGAUUUCUGAAAGUUUUGCAAGAUUACCUUGCUCAAGAUCCUUAUAAAUCCAGUCUGGAAAGUACAUUUCAGUGGUAUAUGACCCUCCAGUGUCAUGGUUCUUUCUUCCUCCAAUCAUUUCAAGAAUCAACAUACCAUAACUGUAUACAUCAGACUUGUGCGAAACCCCGCCAAACGUCCGGCUAAACACUUCUGGUGCUAUGUACCUCUUGCGCCCACCAUGGACACAACACUAUCCUUCUUCUGGCAUAUUUUCGCUAGUCCGAAAUCCGAGAUUUUUGGGCAUAAAUCUUCAUCCAAAAGAAUGUUUUGGGGUUUGAUAUCAAGAUGCAAAAUCCUUGAAGUACAUCCAUGGUGUAAGUAUUCUAGUCCUCGUGCAAUACCAAUUGCAAUUUGGCAUAACAUGUUCCGAUCCAUGUUACAAAUAGCAUUUGGAAAUCCACUUUUAUAGAUGAACUUGUCCAAUGAGCCAUUGGGCAUGAAUUCAUAUAGUAGUGCUCUUUUGUUCAUCUCAUAACAGAAACCCAGAAGACAAUGUUCAUGUGGGAUGUUCUACUGAUGCUAGCAACCUCAUUUAUGAAUUCUUCUCCAUUUCCAUUGGACUCAUUUAUCAUUUUCACCGCCACUUGACGACCAUCCUGUAAGCUUGCUUUAUACACAACACCGAAUCCUCCCUGGCCUAAUUUGUCUUGGAAUGAGUUUGUGAUCCUUUUCACUUCUGCAUAACUGUAUCGCUUUGGCACCAACAGAUCACAACUUUUGAGGAAAUCCUCAUUACUUUUGUCAUGAAAUGUUCUUGUUUUCUUGAA